AGAACUAGAGGAUAGCACCAACACAGUUUUAAACGCGUUGCUCGACUGUCCGGUCUCUUCCAGCUAUUCAGUAAAGUAAAGUUCGUGCUGGAGGGUGUUCGUUUCGUAAGACGUAUUCUCUCACUCUCUCCCUCUCGCUAGAGAAGAAGAGACCAAUAUAAACCGCCACUUCGAAGGAAGGAAAUAGAAUUGAAUUAAGUAAAGAGAAUAUUCAUCGAUUUAAAUAAACGUGCAUGCAUAAGAAUCGUUGUGUUCGUCCCAUCGAAUAACGAGCCGACGAAUCAUGGCAUCGUCAAAGAACGACAAUGCAGAAAGCGUGCAAUUCUUCGAAGGCGUAGAGAAGCUACUCGAGAUAUGGUUCACCAGUAAUAACGCUAAAAAGAAACAACUCGGUGAUCUUCGACAAAUUCCUCGGCAAAAAUGGGAAUCACUGCUGAAGAUCGUUCGAUGCGAAAUUAUCAGCUUUUGCCGAAAUGAUCAAAUAGAUGCUUAUGUGCUCAGUGAAAGUAGUAUGUUCCUAUCAAAGCGCAGACUUAUCCUGAAGACAUGUGGUACAACAACACCUUUACAAUGUUUGGAGCCUCUCCUUAAACUUGUUGAACAAUACACCGGUUUUGAUGAAGUAGAGGACCUCUUUUAUUCACGGAAAAAUUAUAAACGGCCAGAGUUACAAAUUGCACCACAUCAAGCAUUUUCAGAAGAAGUUGCCUUACUCAAUACUUUUUUUCCUGAUGGAGAAGCCUAUUGUUUAGGAUCUAUCGACGCAGAUAGUUGGUAUUUAUACACUCUAGACAGAGAAAAGUCCUUACAAGAACAAGCAGAACCAGAUCAAACACUAGAGAUUCUUAUGACUCAUUUAGAUCCUGAUAUAAUGGCCAUUUUUACACAAGAUGUGUGUUCUUCUGCUGCUGAAGCUACUCAAAAGUCAGGAAUCGAUAAACUCAUUCCUAAUAUGACUAUAGAUGAUUUUUUAUUUGAACCCUGUGGUUAUUCCAUGAAUGGCAUUUCCAAAAAUGGAAAUUAUAUGACCAUUCACAUCACACCAGAACCAGAGUUUUCUUAUGUUUCAUUUGAAAGUAACAUUCCUGAGGCUUCUUAUGACGAGAUAACACGGCGUGUAAUUAACACAUUUAACCCUGGAAAAUGUGUAGUAACUAUCUUUGCCAACAAGAAAUCUAUCGCUGCUAGUUAUCCACGUAAAUUGGAGCAGAAUGGUUAUUUGAAUUCCGCUAAAAAUUGGUCAGUUUCCAACGCACAGUAUUAUCGUUUCAAAAAUUAUGAUUUGACCUGUGCAUUUUAUUCAAAAUUCCCAAGCUGAGGGUUCAUGGACGCUUCAUUAGUCCCUGCAGUGACAGGCACAAAUGAAGCGCAAACUCUUUCCUAUAUUCUUUCACCUAUUAAUUCUUCACCUGUAUCACCACAUUCUUUAAAUAAUUUGGAAACUAGUAAUGAAUCUAUAAACUUAAUACCAAAAUUAUCAAAUUUCAACUCCAAAGGCAUUGCUGUAUCAGUUUCAUAUAUGACAGAAAAUAAUGAAAGAAAGAAUAGUGAGAGUACCAUUAAAAAUUGUGAGAUUACUCAGAAAAAUACCAUAUCCUCCUCCACAUUUGCUUGUCACUCUAUGCCAAUUGGCAAAAAAAAUCAGAAAUCUCAAAUGACAUCUAUCAUGACAAAUUCAGGUAUGAGAUCAGAUGAUAACCAUUGUAUCAAUCUCAAUAAGGCUAACAAUGCUCAGUGUUUCCGUUCUGUCUCAUCACCGCAGUUAACUUUUAAACCUCUAACACGUUCUAAGGUAUAUCGGAAAGCAUCUUUAAAAUCUUCCACAAAUAAAUCAAGUUUACAGUCUGAUCUUUCUACAUUUACAAUAGACAACUUUAAUGUUGUCUCUAAUAUACAAUCAAUGAAUACCACUAACAACAGCAAAUGUAUCCUGUCGAAA